CCCCCACGUCGUGGGCGAGUGAAACCUGGACCCCCGCCACCAUGACUUCCAGUAAAAUCGAGAUGCCCGGCGAGGUGAAGGCCGAUCCCGCCGCACUCAUGGCGUCGCUGCACCUCUUGCCAUCGCCCACGCACAACCUCGAAAUCAAGUACACCAAGAUUUUUAUUAACAACGAGUGGCAGAACUCAGAGAGUGGGCGAGUGUUCCCUGUCUAUAAUCCAGCCACUGGGGAGCAGGUGUGUGAAGUUCAAGAAGCAGACAAGGCAGACAUAGACAAAGCAGUGCAGGCAGCCCGCCUGGCUUUCUCUCUUGGUUCAGUGUGGAGAAGAAUGGAUGCUUCAGAAAGAGGACGUCUUUUGGAUAAGCUUGCAGACUUGGUGGAACGAGACAGGGCAGUUCUCGCAACUAUGGAAUCCCUAAAUGGUGGCAAACCAUUCUUGCAAGCUUUUUAUGUGGAUUUGCAGGGCGUCAUCAAAACCCUUCGGUAUUAUGCAGGCUGGGCUGAUAAAAUCCAUGGGAUGACCAUCCCUGUAGAUGGAGACUAUUUCACCUUUACAAGACAUGAACCCAUCGGAGUGUGCGGACAGAUCAUCCCCUGGAACUUCCCCCUGCUGAUGUUUGCCUGGAAAAUUGCUCCGGCUCUGUGCUGUGGUAACACAGUAGUUAUUAAGCCAGCAGAACAAACACCGCUCAGCGCGCUCUACAUGGGAGCCCUCAUCAAGGAGGCUGGAUUUCCUCCGGGAGUCAUCAAUAUUUUGCCAGGAUAUGGGCCAACGGCUGGGGCAGCAAUAGCUUCCCAUAUUGGUAUAGACAAGAUUGCGUUUACAGGUUCCACAGAGGUUGGAAAGCUUAUCCAAGAAGCAGCUGGAAGAAGUAAUUUGAAGAGAGUAACUCUGGAACUUGGAGGGAAAAGUCCCAAUAUAAUUUUUGCUGAUGCUGAUUUGGACUACGCUGUGGAGCAGGCUCACCAGGGUGUGUUCUUCAACCAAGGCCAGUGCUGCACCGCGGGCUCACGCAUCUUCGUGGAGGAGUCCAUCUAUGAGGAGUUUGUGCGAAGAAGUGUGGAGCGGGCCAAGAGGCGCAUUGUUGGGAGUCCCUUUGACCCCACCACUGAGCAGGGACCCCAGAUUGAUAAGAAGCAGUACAACAAGAUCCUGGAACUCAUCCAGAGUGGUGUCGCUGAGGGCGCCAAGUUGGAAUGUGGAGGCAAAGGGCUAGGCCGAAAGGGCUUCUUCAUCGAGCCCACGGUGUUUUCCAACGUCACUGAUGACAUGCGAAUUGCCAAAGAGGAGAUCUUUGGCCCUGUUCAGGAAAUUCUGAGGUUUAAGACUAUGGAUGAAGUUAUUGAAAGAGCAAAUAACUCAGACUUUGGACUGGUAGCAGCUGUCUUCACCAGUGACAUCAACAAGGCCCUCACAGUGUCAUCUGCAAUGCAAGCUGGGACUGUUUGGAUCAAUUGUUACAAUGCCUUAAAUGCCCAGAGCCCAUUUGGGGGAUUCAAGAUGUCUGGAAAUGGGAGAGAAAUGGGAGAGUUUGGUUUGCGAGAGUACUCGGAAGUGAAGACUGUGACCGUAAAGAUCCCCCAGAAGAACUCCUAAGAAAGCCAAGGAGGAAGAAGACAGCCAGCCUGCACACCUCUCUCUCUCUCUGCUUUCCCUGUGGGGCCUAGCUCUCAGGAACACAAAGCUAAUACACAGUCCUUAGUGAAAGGUUUGAUGAUAACACGUAGGCCA